GCCCGCCACUGUGGGAUGCUAAGCUAAAUGGAACCUUCUUUGGUUUGAUCCCCUUCGAUUCUUAAGACCCCUCUUGGCCACUUUAGGUAGAACAGCUCUGUUUGGGAGGCAGAAGGAGAGCGGCCUACCUGGGUUGAGUGAGAGGCAGUUGGCUGAGUUGAUUCUGAACAAGAAAAUUCUAUGUCUGAGCAGCGACAAACUUGAAACUCUUAAGAAAUCUAUGGAAUAAGCCAGUUCCUGAUACACAAGGAGACCUCUCCCCCUAUUCCGUGACUGCUAAGCUUACUCAGAAGGCUUUGGUGAAGUAUCUUGUAGAAAGCUUUUUGAAAGUCCAAGUACGCUAUGUCCAUUGGAUCACCUCUAUCAAUAUGCUUGUUGACACUCUCGAACUCUAAUAGCUCCUGACAUAAAAGACAUUUUUGACCUCCCCAUGCUGUCCAUUGACAUGGAGAACAAGGAAAAUGGAUCUCUGGACACGGAAAACUUGGUAGAGAAUGGAAGACCACCUGAUCCUGCUGACUGGGCGGUUACAGAUGUGGUGAAUUAUUUCAGGACAGUGGGCUUUGAAGAACAAGCUCAUGCUUUUCAAGAGCAGGAAAUUGAUGGGAAAUCUUUACUGUUGAUGACAAGGAAUGAUGUGCUGACUGGACUUUCAUUAAAACUGGGACCCGCACUGAAGAUUUAUGAAUAUCACGUAAAGCCUCUACAGACACAGCAUCUCAAGAGCAGUUCCCUAUAGUGGAUUGUCACAUUGGGACCUUGUUGUGUCUCGGCUAUUCAGAAUAAAUAAGCAACUUUGGUUUCAUGUUGAUGGAACUUUGUAAAAAGACUGUACUUGUACAGAAAGAGUUUAAGCCAAAUGGCACUGAUGUAAAUUUAUAAAUAUAUAUUUAUACAUAUCCUGUUGGAUAGCUUUAGCAAUAUGUUGUAUUGAUGGGGGAGUGGGAUUUCUCACUGUUCAGUCAAGUGUGUGACCAGCUUGAUACUCUGUUUUUUUUAAGUGAGACAAAAGGUAAGUAAAAAGGGAAAUGGUACUACUUAAUGUGAAAGGUAGACAAAAACACUGAUUUUUAAAAUUUCUCUGGGGCAAGAUUCAUUAGCCACACUUGGACAUCACACUAAAUCAUCCUAGGUGAGCCUUGAGCUUACAUGUUCCCCUCUUCUCUUUUGGUGCAGCUGCCAAAAGAAGCUCAGAAGCUUCUGCUUUCACCACAGCCUGUCAUGUUGUCCAAACUGACAAACUUGGGUUUAUGUUGACUAUAGUUUCUUUGAAACAAGCUGACUUGAAACCAUGAUUUGAAAUUAUCUUGUUUCGAAGAGACCAUAGUUAGCCUAGCCACAGUUUGUUAGUUGGGGAUAGACAACAAGCUGUGGUUAAUCUAAAAUGGAAGAAAAACCUUCCAAACUCCUCCUUGUGGCUACACCUGCACAAGAGAGGGGUGGGAAAAUGUGCGAGCCCAAGGCUGGCUGCUUGAGCUCAUCAUAUUACACCAUGGUUUGCCAUGGCAUCUAAACAUAGCCACUGAAACUCAAUAGUGCUCUUCCACAAUUCCCACUUGUUUUACUGGUACUUGCACAGAAGAAUUUCACAGUGGAUUGUACUCUAAUAUGAAAUGGGAGCAGGACAGGGUACGGAUCAGCAGAUGUUGAUCCUGGUUUUUAGUGCUUCUACUGAAGUCACAGCUGUUUUGUAACACUAGCAAGAGGUUUCAAAUUUGCUGACAUCACCUUUUUGUGUGUGUAUGUGAGGGUCCUAUUUUUGACCUUAUUCAGGUUUGUUUAUAACAUAAUGCAGUGUUUAAUGUGAUGCCUACCAAUAGCCUAGCACCUUUUGAGAGCAGAAGCUGCGUAAAAGUUAAACUGGGUUGUGAGAUUUACUCUGUUGUUCCUCGUUUGCGCUAAUGUUCUUUAAAUUUGAAAAGAUGUUUUGUGAAAAGUAGAUUUUUUACAGUUUGUGUUGCUUGGUAAAACAAAGUUUGUUUUAUUCUUGUUCUAAUUUAUAAUUAUUUGCUAACAGUUCUGCUGGAAAGGUGUUUUUAAAAAUGUACAUAUCUUGCAUAAUUUUAGAAUUGUGUUUUGUGGUGCUGUAACAAAUUAUUUUGCUACAUGACUGGAUUCACGAGCUAAACACCUGCUUGUGAAAAGCUAAAGAAAGCUCUCUUAUUAUUGUGAAUUUCAGUUGAAGGACAAAACUGUAGUUCAAUCUGUUUUGAUCA